AUGAUCGCGGUUCGAGCUAGGCGCGGAAAUAAGAGAAUUCAGCGGCAUUCCGUCAAGGCGGCGGCUAGAUGGAGACUUGAUGGGCAGACGGCUCUUGUAACGGGCGCGACCAAAGGCAUCGGUCGCGCCAUCGCACAGGAGCUAGCAUCCCUGGGUGCACACGUGUUUGUGUGCUCGCGUGGCGAGGCUGACGUGGCAGCUACAGUGGCGGAGCUACAGUCGCAGGGGUGGGCGGCGACGGGGUGGGCAUGUGACGUCAAGGAGCCAGAGCAGCGGGAGGUGCUUAUAACGAAGGUGUCAGAGACCUUUGGCGGGAAACUGAACCACCUGAUCAACAACGUGGGCACCAACAUUCGCAAGCCAACAGUCGACUACUCCCUUGCUGACUUCCACCACGUAUGGGGCACCAACUUUGAAUCCGCCUACCACCUCUGCCAACUCGCGCACCCUCUGCUUAAAGCCGCUGCGAGCGCUGCUGCUGCCGAUGGUGGAGUGAAGGGCCAUGCGAGCAUUGUGUUCAACUCGUCUGUAGCCGGGGUCGUUGCUAUCCGGUCAGGCACUCUCUAUGGCGCCACCAAAGCCGCCAUGAACCAGCUCACCAAGAACCUGGCAUGCGAAUGGGCUAAGGAUGGCAUCCGAGUGAAUGCAGUGGCGCCUUGGUACAUGGCAACAGACCUCGCCAACCAGGUGCUCAAGGAUGAGGCGUUCUCUGCUGACGUCAUCAGUCGAACACCCAUGAGGAGGGUGGGGGAGCCUCAGGAGGCAGCAGCAGCAGUGGCGUUCAUGUGCAUGCCGGCUGCUUCCUAUGUGUCGGGGCAAGUGCUGGCUGUCGAUGGUGCUUUCACUGUCAAUGGGUUUUACCCUCGGACUGAUGAUGUGUAA